CCCAGCGUUAGUCUAAAAACCAAGGGAUUAACAACACACGAUCUCGAUUUGCGAUGGAGAUAACACGCCCUAGGCUGUUCUUGAUACUGUGUUUGCUAGUCCAUAGUUCAUCUUUAAAAAUUCUGAAGCGACAAAAAAGAAACUGGAUUAUUGAUUCCUUUACUAUUCGAGAAGACCAUGAAGGAGGUUUCCCAUACGAGCUGGGCCCGCUCCACGUUGAAAAUAAAUUCAGCUUUUUAAAGAUACAUGGUCAGGGUGUGGAAGAAGAACCCAAAAACAUCUUAAAACUCAACGAAAUUACAGGAAUGCUUACUGUCCAUGGCCCCGUCGACUACGAGAGGUUCAGAGUUUUAAAGCUAACCUUUCAGGCCUAUGAUCAAGAAAAAAAUGAAAUAGACGCACAGCUUGGAGUUGAGAUAUUAAUAAUCGACGCAAAUGACAACCCUCCGAUGUUUGAGCAUGAUAGGUAUGAGGUUUCCAUAGAAGAGUCAACACCACAAGGCACUGAAUUCACUACCAUCAAAGCAAACGACGACGACAGCACUGAGAACAACAGAUUAUUUGAUUUCAAAAUAAUCUCAGUAAUUCCUGACCCGUUUGACCUGGAGUUCUACCUAACGCAAUUCGAAUCAACUGCAACGGUUUCAUUUAAAGGAUGUCUGGACCAUGAGAAAGCCGAUGCCUACAUCAUUAAAGUGGAGGCCAAAGACCGUGGAGAAGAAGUUCAGCUCUCCAGCUUCGCCACCAUCAUUAUCAACAUAGAAGAUGGAAAUAACCAUCUACCUGUGAUAACAGGACAAUCAGGUACAGGGAGAGUGAAAGAAGGGGAGGAAAAUGUUCUUGUUAAACGUCUGCAAGUUACAGACCGAGACACCAAAGGUACAUCGGCCUGGAGGGCCAAAUAUCAAAUCAAAGGAGACGAAAACAGGAACUUCAAAAUCACUACUGAUCCUGAGACAAAUGAAGGACUGCUGUAUGUAGAAAAGCCUCUGGACUAUGAAGAAAGUCAUGAAAAACACCUGAAUAUCAGUGUACAGAAUGAAGCGCCAUAUUACUCAUGCAAGGUGGAAAGAAGAAGCACCACUGGUCUUUGGAAAGUCAACACUAUUGGUAGUAACACACUAACUCUGUCCACUACCAAAGUGACAGUGAUUGUGGAGGAUGUCAAUGAUCCUCCAAUCUUUGACAUGACUAACAAACAUGUUACGGUGGCGGAAAAUACCAAGGCAGGGCUCUAUCUGGCGACAUUUGCAGCUACAGAUCCCGACGCUUCCAGUGCCAGCACAAUUGUAUACACAAAAGGAGAUGACCCAGCUGAUUGGGUAACAGUGGACCCCAGGACUGGAAAUAUAACCACAACCAAGAUAAUCGACAGAGAGUCCCACUUUGUGAAAGACAAUAUGUAUAAGGUCACAACAUAUGCUGCUGACAAUGGUCUUCCUCCAAUGACAGGCACUGCAACCCUCAACAUCCAUAUUACCGAUGAAAACGACAAUGUGCCACAGUUGACUGAGACAACAUUGGACAUUUGCCAAUCUGAUGGACUCUCUCAGGCCAACAUCACUGCCUUCGACCUUGAUCAAGACCCCUUUGGUGGACCUUUCUCCUUCAAGCUCCAGGAAAAAGAGAAGGGCAAGUGGAAGAUUGACCCUACACAAGGGUAUACAACCAAACUGGUGAAGGAGCUCACAGUUCAUUCUGGAGAGUAUGAUUUGGUGCUGAAGGUAUCUGGCCUCCAGGGCGAGGAAGCAGUUUACAACCUGUCAGUUAUUGUGUGUAACUGUGUUGACAUAACGAAGCCAAAUUGCCGCAUCCGCAAAACUAUGGGCUCCGGAGUAGGAGGAGGAGUGCUUGGGAUCAUAUUUCUUAGCAUGCUACUGCUUUCAGCUGUGCUACUCUUGGUUUUUCUGCUGAAGUGUAAGAAUGAGCACAAACCAAUGCCAGAUAAUAAUGAUUCAGGUUCAGGACAUCUGAUAACGAGUAACAUUGAGAAGCCCGGAACUGAUUGCAACGUGGAAUUGGGUUACGGUCGCAAAGACAUCAAAUUACCAAGAAGGCCUUCAAAGAGAAAGCCAUCAAUAGACGCGGGAGGCCAGCAUGUCACAAACCAGCAAUGGGACUAUUUCUACAGGUUGAAAAUGGAGCAAAGAUAUCAACGUUGGUGUUCUUGGCACGAGGAUUGGGCUCGCCACGGCGGAUCUUCUGCAGAUCAAGAGAUUAGUGUGAUGCAACAUACAAUGAUACUCAAUUUACUACAAGAUAAGCUGUAUGCCCUCAGCGCACCAGAAGAGGAGCUGGGUGAUUAUGAUCUUCAUAAUUACACUGAGGAGGGAGACGAAAAACACAACUUUGAUCUUGAUGCCAUCUCCAUCCCUGAUAUUCCAUUUGACCCAGAACUUGACAUGGACCUGGAUUUCAGGUUUGAUACUCUGGCCUCAAUCUGCCUGUCAAGAGACCAUGCCUACAGUACAAAACCUGAGCCUCAACGUUUUGAGAAGCAACAAAGUUUCAAGUGGAAAGUCUAAAAUGAACACUCCAUCAUACCUGAUUUUUUUUUUAUCAAGUUAGUAGUCCUAAAUAAUAAUUGUAACCAUAUGUUUGGAGGGGCAAAAACGAAAACUGUUACAAUUAUUGUGGGAUUGGACAGAAUUGGCUGAUUUUGUGAAAAAUGGUUUGUAUAACUUCAUUGUUUACAACAGGAGCUUUCUUAACUAAUAUUAUUUUGGGAUUUUAAAAUGAUUACCUUUUUGUUCUUUCAUACAAGCAAUGUUCAUCGCAGAUAGGGAAUGUACAGUGUUUCUGAAAGGAUUGGAAAGCAUGAAAUAAGGUUUAUUAUACAAAUAGAAAACGUUUUUAACUCUUCGAAUAAAUGCUCUUUCAAAGUCACACAUUAGGUUGGGAUAGUGUCAUAAGGAUUACAGUGGGAUUUCAAUGUACUAUUACAAUACAGGGGACUAUAUCUCAGGAGGUUAUGAAAGCUCUUAAAGCAAUGGUUGAAUAUAUGAGAAUUUAGAGCAGAUACAUGCAGUGCAGGGAUAAUGGCAGCCUAUGAUAUUUAUUUUUCAGAAAUGUUUUGUUUGUUUAGCCUUUAAACUUGUAGUUCCUUCAAUUUAUUUUUGUAUAAUAUGCUAAACCUUACCUGAUCAGAUGAUUAGUGUGUUGAAAUAGAAAAAUAUAUCAGGUUUACUGAGACCAACUUUCACCCUACAUGACUUUCUGUCUACCAAUGUUGUGCUACUUGUUUUCAGGAACUUUACAGCAUGUCUCAGAUAAAAUGUUGCUCUGAGA